CGCCGCCGCCUCCUCCUCCUCCUUGCCGGCUGCACAAAGAGCAACAGUGGAGUGAAGGCCCUGGGUUGCCUUUAAAGGCAGCGGCUGGGAAUUUAAGGUGUCCCUGAGCCAUGCCUCCCCGCAGCCCUCCUCGCCGCAUGCCGUGGGUAAAUGGACGUUACAGUUCCUCGCCAUCUUAACCUCAUAACGAUGUGACCAUCAGCAUCAGACUUUGUCAGCGAUGCUGCUGAGCCCUGUGCUUGUUGUUAGGCAGGACCCUGCUUUCUAAGAAACUCCUACAGACUGAUCAGCAGACAAACUGAUCCCGUAGCUCUGGGGUGGAAAAGGCCAGCAGCGUGUGCGAGAGAACCAUGUCUGUGCGGGAGUCGUUUAACCCAGAAAGUUACGAACUGGACAAGAACUUUCGGCUGACCCGAUUCACUGAACUGAAAGGCACGGGCUGCAAAGUGCCACAGGAUGUCUUACAGAAACUGCUCGAAUCUCUACAAGAAAACCAUUUUCAGGAAGAUGAACAGUUCCUGGGGGCAGUUAUGCCUAGGUUGGGAAUUGGGAUGGACACCUGCGUUAUUCCAUUAAGGCAUGGAGGUUUGUCGUUGGUGCAGACGACAGAUUAUAUUUAUCCUAUUGUGGAUGAUCCUUAUAUGAUGGGACGGAUAGCAUGUGCCAAUGUCCUAAGUGACCUUUAUGCCAUGGGGGUCACGGAAUGCGACAACAUGUUGAUGCUGCUUGGAAUCAGCAAUAAAAUGACAGAUAGGGAAAGAGACAAAGUGAUGCCUCUAAUUAUCCAGGGUUUCAAGGAUGCAGCAGAAGAGGCAGGAACAUCUGUUACUGGUGGCCAAACAGUGUUAAAUCCCUGGAUUGUUUUAGGAGGAGUGGCCACGACAGUCUGUCAGCCUAAUGAAUUUAUAAUGCCAGACAAUGCAGUGCCAGGAGAUGUGCUUGUAUUAACUAAACCCCUGGGAACACAAGUGGCUGUAGCUGUCCACCAGUGGCUAGAUAUUCCAGAAAAGUGGAAUAAAAUCAAACUAGUGGUAACGCAAGAAGAUGUAGAACUAGCAUACCAGGAGGCGAUGAUGAAUAUGGCACGACUGAACAGAACAGCUGCUGGACUCAUGCACACUUUCAAUGCACACGCAGCUACAGACAUCACAGGGUUUGGAAUCCUUGGACAUGCACAGAACCUUGCCAAGCAGCAGCGAAAUGAGGUGUCCUUCGUUAUUCACAACCUUCCUGUUCUUGCUAAGAUGGCUGCUGUCAGUAAGGCUUGUGGAAAUAUGUUUGGCCUCAUGCACGGGACUUGUCCAGAGACUUCAGGAGGCCUCCUCAUCUGUUUACCACGAGAACAGGCAGCACGUUUCUGUGCAGAGAUCAAGUCCCCAAAGUACGGCGAAGGCCACCAAGCAUGGAUCAUCGGCAUUGUAGAGAAGGGCAACCGCACGGCGCGGAUCAUCGACAAGCCUCGGAUCAUUGAAGUUGCGCCUCAGGUGGCCACUCAGAACGUGAACCCCACACCUGGUGCCACCUCUUAAUGUAGAUGAAAUGGCUGUUUUGUUUUUAAAUAGAUCUAUUCCUUUAUCAUCCUACAAUUUAAAGAACUGUAAAGAGAAAAGAAAACUUGUGUCUGCACAUCUGGUGGCCUUUGGUCAGUUUAUGAGUGGAUACAAUUAAUGAAAUAAAAUCCAUUGCCUUUUUUUCCUGUUACAUUAACUGAAGAUGCACCUAAUCUUGAGGCAGCUUCUGAGUUGAGAAUUAUAUUGUUAUCCAAUACUGUUGAUUCAUUUUGAAUCUUUAGACACUUAUCUCUUGCCGCAUAGGCUCUUUUUAAAGGUGCUUUCACGUAGCACAGACAUUACCGGUAGUAGUGUCAAAUAGCAGUUUGUGUCCUUUCAUUAUAUGUAUAUUUAUCAUAAGUCUAAUUUUGAUGCCUUGAGUGAUAUUCCAGAAAGGCAAUAAAUUGAGAAGCGACACCAUGGGUAUACCCAGUAGAAGGAGGGUUGCAUGAUUACAUUCAAUCUUUGAUUUUUAUUUCUAUUUCUUUUGGGUUUUGUUGGUGUUGUUCCUUAAGGUUUAGUCUUACCAAGAGCAUCCACAACCCUGGACAUUGCUUGGUAGUGCACUCUCUUUAAACCAGCACGUGCUGACUUUGCAUGGAUAGCACUUCAGAGUAGAAGGAGUCAGUUUCUAACUUUAUUAUUUGUAGACCUGACAAUAUUUACUGUAUUAUCAAUGAUUUUGUUUUCUUUCUUGAGAGUAAGGAAAAAAGAAUUCUUUCUUUCUUUUGCAAUGUGAUUGGAUGUGCUAUAGUGCAACAAAGGUUUUUGCAGACCAAAAGGAGGUUCCUGUAUAAUAUUCAUUUACAAGUCACUAUAUAAAUAACUACACAAAUAAUUUUUAAAUAUAAUCAAACUAAAAUAAACCUCUGUUCUGUGGAUGGUAGUGUUUAAUACAUUUUAUAUUUUGUAUAGUGAUUACCAGCCUUCUUUUUUUGUUCUUCCUUUAAAAUCAGCGGUGGUUUAGUAUAAUUCCUUAGUAUUAUUUUAUUCUUUGCUCAGAUACAUUUUUCUGCACGCUUUUUGUGAUCUGUGUUUAAAAUCUACAUUGCCAACAUUGCAGCUUGGACUUUAGCUUGUUAUUCAAAAUAAAUAUUUAAUUUUUUUUAUUGCUCUUGUA